CAACAACUCUGCAUUUUUACACUGAAGAUUCCAGUGGUUCUGAAACCAUAAGAAUAACACAAAACAGCUGACAAUUACACAAACAACAAACAUCUUUUUUUUGGAAUCGAAAAUGUCGCAAAUUAGACGUGAGGUAAUAAAUGCAUUUAAAAAAUUACAUCGCACAAGGCAGAAUAUAUUUGCCGGAGACGAUAGAGCUUUGGAGGCUGGACGUAAGGAAAUAAAUGAACGAUUCAAAAAGAAUAUGACUGAAACUAAUGUGGACAAUGUGAAAAAGAUGCUGCAAUUAGCUUUAGAUGUGGACAAGGAGCUACGAACAAAUGUAAUACAGGCCAAAAAGAAAGACGAGGGUGUUUACGAGUUGCGAAUUACUCCUGAAACUACACGACUGGAAAAUUUCCCUUUCAAUCCUGAUAUUGAGAUACCAAAACGGCGCAAGGGCAAAUCGUCUGCAGCCAAUGAGAGCGGUUGUUGUGGCGGGGCUGCUCCAGUAGAAAAAAAAUAGUUUCAUAAAUUUAUUUGACCUAUAUUGUUAUUAUAUUAAAAUUUUAGUAAUUAAAAAAAAUAUAUUUUUUGUUCGCUUUA